AUGGCGUGUCUGAAUAUGCUACGAAGUAUCUAUGGUACCGGCUUGUCACUUCGGUCGAGAAGAAUCAUGCUGUGUGAAUAUGCACUCUUUCGCCCACUGAGUUCGACAACCCUAUUAUUCAAGAAGCAAAUGCCACCGAGGCCAAAGGUUGAUGAAAACGAUAUUGAAGAAAAGUUCCUUAAGGGCAGCGGUCCGGGUAUGGUAUUUCCUCAUGAUGCAGAUUAUAUCGAAGAACAGAACAAAACCUCCUCGGCCGUCCAACUGCGCCAUAUUCCCACAGGUAUAGUCGUGAAGUCACAAGAAACCCGCUCUCGCGAACAAAACCGGAAAAUAGCACGCCAAUUACUUGCGUCUAAACUCGAGGACAUCGAAAAGGGAGAACAGAGUCGGAACAAUGUCAUCAAUGAAGUUAAGAAAAAAAAGAAGGCUAGUAAGCGGAAGAAGAGUUUGAGAAAGUACCGGAAAUUAGAAGAGGUAAAGGCUGGAACAGCAGGACAGAUCACUGCUGGGGAUGAUGUUACAUCUGCUGCAGCCGGAGAGCUCGAAGCGGGCGAGGAAGAUGAACCCGAAGAAAGUGACGAUGAGGAGGACGACGACGACGGGGAUGAUGAUGGACAUGAUGAGACUAGUCAUGGCGAAAGCGACGAGGAAGAGUCGCGGGUUACGCAAGAGCAAGGCAGAAAGGGUGACUCCAGCGAGUCAUAG